AAACAAACAUCAAGUGAAGAAUGAAGGCUUUAGUAUGUAUACUGCUGCUGUUGGAAACCUUUGUGUUUGUCGUCCAGCAGCAGGUAGAUGGAGGACUCAAUGAGAAAGAGAUCAGUCAACAGAUCAGCUCUGAGGACGGAAGACCGAAUCCACCUCAAACAGACACUUUGAGAUCUGAAGCUUCAACUGACAGCCAACAAUACUGUUAUCUGUGCUUCCCUGACAUCCAUGCAGCACUGAGAGAACUGACUGCUGCUGUUACAGAGCAGAAAGGAAACAUCAGAGAACUGACCACCACCGUUACAGAGCAGAAAGGAAACAUCAGAGAACUGACCGCCACCGUUACAGAGCAUAAAGAAAAGAACAGAGAACUGACCGCCACCGUUACAGAGCAGAAAGAAAACAUCAGAGAACUGACCGCCACCAUUACAAAGCAGAAAGAAAACAUCAGAGAACUGACCGCCACCGUUACAGAGCAGAAAGAAAACAACAGAGCUUUAGAGACACGACUGAGGGAUGAGAUAAACAAGAAAAAUGAAGAAAUUUUAAAUGUUACUCAGAGUCAAGUGGAGGAGUUGACAAAGGAAAAUAGAGACAGAGAAAUAGCUUUUUCAGCUGGACUGAUGGAAUCUGGCAGUGGAUAUUUUGGACCUUUUACCACUGACAUUACAAUAACAUACAGGAACGUCCUCACAAACAUAGGGAACGCCUACAACCCAGCUACAGGUAUUUUCACAGCCCCACUGAAAGGAGCGUACAUGUUCAGAGUCUCUGUAUUUGGUUAUGGUGGAACUUCAGCAACUGUAUCCAUUUAUAAGAAUGGAGAGCAGGUGGUUGUAGCACAUGAUGUUCAGGCUCAGGAUCGGGUAAACGCCUCGAAUGGAGUUGUGUUGAUCCUGAAGGUUGGAGAUGUUGUCUAUGUGAGACUUUGGUCUAAGACAAGAAUAUAUGAUAUUAGCUAUGAAAACCUCAGCACUUUCAGUGGUUUCCUACUGUUUCCCUUAAGAGAAGAUGAGUGAGCUUUUCAGAAUGUGAUUCCAAUAAUUCUGAACCCUCAGAAUUUGAAAUAGAUUACUGUAUAAAAGUCUGAACUGUCUAUAAAUGUAACUUUGUAUAAACAGUUUCAGCACUGAGAAAGACAGGACCCAUGAAUCUCUCAUGUGACUCAAAAGUGUUUUGUUAAAGUAGUAAACUUGGAAAGUUAAAUAAUACAUUUUAAGUGUAGAUUGUUACUGAUCCUUAAUCUGUAUCUAUUUAU